CGUUUUUAUUUAAACUGGUAGAAGAAGCAAAAAGAAAAGGGCUUUCCUCCUCUUCGCUUCUUCACUUGUGUACAUUUUCCAUUUCCGAGAUUUCUCAUCUUCCUUCCUUCCUUUCUCGAGAGGCUAAAAUUAUUUGCCCAAGUCUCCGGGAAUUAGGGACGGAGAGAAAUCUUUAAGCACACGUGAAAGCUACUGGCUUUCGAUCAAUAAAUAAGAACUUGCAAAGAACCCAAAAGCGAAAAAACAAAUCACAAAAUGGUUGCGGCUUUAUCGGCUUGGCCUUGGGGAAAUCUGGGCAAUCUCAAGUAUCUACUGUAUGUCCCAUUAGCUGCACAAGUGUUGUAUUCGAGGGUUAACGAGGAAGAGAACCCAAGGGCCACUCUGUGUCUGCAUAUUCUGGUCAUCUCUGCGCUCAGAGGUCUUGUUCAUGUCUUAUUCAGCUCUUUCUCCAACAUGUUGUUCUUGACCCGGACUCGUCGUAUCGACCAGCAAGGUGUCGACUUUAACCAGAUUGAUCACGAAUGGCACUGGGACAAUUUCAUACUUCUGCAAGCCAUAAUAGCGAGCGUGGCCUGUUACAUGACUCCCUUCUUGAACAGUCUUCCCCUGUGGAAUCCAAGAGGCUUUAUUGCAUUAAUUGUCCUCCAUGUGACAAUUUCAGAGCCUUUAUACUACAUUGUUCAUAGAUGCUUUCAUGGAUACAGCCCCCUCUUCACUCAUUACCACUCGUUUCACCACUCAUCUCCUGUUCCACAUCCCAUGACAGCUGGAAAUGCAACGUUCUUGGAACAUAUCGUUCUCUGCAUCAUAAUAGGAGCCCCUUUGCUUGGAUCUUGCUUGUUGGGGGUUGGAUCAACGAGCUCGAUCUAUGGAUAUGUCGUCAUGUUUGAUUUCCUUAGAUGCAUGGGACAUUGCAAUGCCGAGAUCAUCUCACAUAACGUGUUCAAGACCUUCCCUUUCCUGCGAUAUCUCCUCUACACCCCAACAUACCAUAAUCUUCAUCGCAGAGACAUGGGGACCAACUUCUGCCUCUUUAUGCCUCUCUUUGACGCUUUGGGAAAUACAUUAAACCCCGACUCAUGGGAACUGCACAGGAAACUUAGUUCCGGUCCAGCGGAGAAUGGGAGGGUGGCGGAUUUCGUGUUCUUGGCUCACGUGGUGGACGUGUCAUCGGCAAUGCACUCUCCCUUUGUGUUCAGAUCAUUCGGUUCUAUGCCUUACGCGUUCAGGAUUUUCCUGCUGCCGAUGUGGCCGGUGACGUUUCUGGUAAUGUUGGCAAUGUGGGCUUGGUCUAAGGUGUUCCUGGUCUCGUUCUACAACCUCAGGGACAAGCUUUGCCAGACAUGGAUCGUGCCCAGAUUCGGAUUCCAAUACUUUCUACCAUUUGCAACCCAAGGCAUUAACAACAAGAUAGAGGAGGCUAUUCUGAGGGCAGACAGGAUUGGAGUCAAGGUCAUUAGUUUGGCCGCACUCAAUAAGAAUGAGGCUUUAAAUGGAGGUGGAACGCUGUUUGUGAACAAGCACCCGAACCUUAGAGUUCGAGUUGUCCAUGGAAACACCUUGACAGCAGCAGUCAUUCUCAAUGAAAUCCCGAAAGAUGUGAAAGAGGUGUUCCUGACUGGAGCCACUUCUAAACUCGGAAGAGCCAUUGCGCUCUACCUCUGUCGCAGGAGAGUCCGAGUUCUUAUGCUGACACUGUCAACGGAAAGGUUUCAGAAGAUCCAAAAGGAGGCAGCAGUUGAGGACCAGAACUACCUUGUCCAAGUGACCAAGUACCAAGCUGCUCAACACUGCAAGACAUGGAUAGUGGGGAAAUGGAUGACGCCAAGGGAGCAGAGGUGGGCUCCACCUGGAGCACACUUCCACCAGUUUGUGGUGCCCCCUGUCAUUAGGUUCAGGAAGAACUGCUCGUACGGCGAUCUUGCCGCCAUGAGGCUUCCGGUUGACGUUCAAGGACUCGGCACCUGCGAGUAUACGAUGGAGAGAGGAGUGGUUCAUGCAUGCCACGCAGGAGGAGUGGUUCACAUGCUGGAGGGAUGGGACCAUCAUGAGGUCGGAGCCAUCGACGUUGACCGCAUCGACCUCGUCUGGGAAUCUGCCUUGAGGCUUGGCUUCACCUCUCUCUCUUCCUCUCCCCUUUCAUAAUUUCCUCCAUUUCUUCAUCCUUAAAUAAUCUCUUUACACGUUUAGGCAGGUGCUGUGUUACAUCUUCACUUGAUUCCGUUGCACAAAACAGUUACCACGAGGGGGGGGGGGGGGAAAGAGGG